AUGUCAACACAUGCUUUUGAUAAAUUAAUUGUACUAUUUCUACAACGAAUGUCGAGUUUAGAAAAACUCUAUUUGAAUCUUGUUAUUUGUAUUUCUCUUCAUAAUCAAAUUUAUCUACAAUCGAAAGAAGAUAUUCAACAUACAUUCAAAGAUUUUAAAGAUAAUCAAGUUACUUCUUAUGUUGAUUAUUUCCAAGAACAAUAUGGUCUAUGUCAUAUCUAUUUGUAUCCUGACCAAUUAAAAUAUUACUAUACUGUAACAAAUAAUUUUCCAGGUGACUUAUUUACAUGUGUUCGUAAAAUUUCAUUAUAUAAUGAACAUCCUUUUGAACAUUAG